AAGAUUUGAAAAAAUUAGCAAUCAGCUGAUUUUUUCUUUUUAUUGAACUAGAAUAUAUCUCGUUGUUUAUCCUUUUCAUAUCAUGAGUCAAUAAUUUUUUUCUGUUUGAAAAAUGUUUUAUAAUUAUUCGAAUGUUCGAUGUUUUGCAGUUGCAUUUUGUCAAUUCACUCGAAAAUGUCAUCAGAUUUAUCGAAAGCAUCAGCCUUUAGCACAGAUGCACCGGAAAACUGGUACGGCAAUGUUGGCAUUCAGUUUCGGAAGCCUUUUUGGAUUUUCGGGCUCUUCAAAUGAUCAAUAUAAUUCUUAUUAUGAAUUUAUGGCAGAAUCUAUAACACCUAAAGAUGAGUUAUUAUCACAGGCACAAAACGGUUCUAUGAGACAUCAAUUCGAAUUGUUUGUCAUGCAAGUACAACGGGAAUUUUGUCAAGCACUUGAAUCAAUGGAAACAAAAUACACGGAUGAAAUUGAUGAAACAAAAGUAAAACGAUUUCAUUCAGAUCGUUGGCUACGACAAGAAGGUGGUGGAGGCAUCACAUGUAUUCUACAGGAUAGUACCGUUUUUGAAAAAGCCGGGGUCAAUAUAUCCGUAGUACAUGGACAAUUACCCCCACAAGCAGCGGCACAGAUGCGUUCCCGUGGUAAACAUCUUUCAACAACGGAACCAUUGAAAUUUUUUGCCACAGGUGUUAGUUCUGUGAUUCAUCCAAGGAAUCCGAAUGUACCAACAUUACAUUUCAAUUUUCGUUAUUUUGAAAUCGAAUCAAAUGAAGAUCAAAAAUCAAAUCAUUGGUGGUUUGGUGGUGGAACCGACAUGACGCCAUAUAUCCUUGAUGAACAAGAUGCCAGACAUUUUCAUCGUCAUCUAAAACAAGCAUGUGAUAAACAUGAUCGUAAUUAUUAUGAACGAUUUAAAAAAUGGUGUGAUGAUUAUUUCUACAUUAAACAUCGUGAUGAAAGACGUGGUAUUGGUGGAUUAUUUUUCGAUGACAUUGAUUAUCCGGAUCAGAAACGUGCGUUUGCAUUUAUCAGGGAUUGUGCACAUUCAUUAGUACCAUCAUAUAUUCCAAUUAUUGAUCGUAAUGCAACUAAACCAUAUUCACUCAGUGAUCGACAAUGGCAAUUAAUUCGUCGCGGUCGUUAUGUUGAAUUUAAUCUUAUCUAUGAUCGUGGUACAAAAUUUGGCCUAAUGACACCUGGAGCUCGUUAUGAAAGUAUUCUAAUGUCACUACCAUUGGUUGCACGUUGGGAAUAUCAACAUUGCUUGGCUGAAAAUUCCAAAGAAUCGGCAUUAAUGGAAGUUUUAAAAAAUCCACGUGAAUGGGUUUAGUGGGAAAAAUUUCACAAUAAUAAAAAAAUUUUAAAAUUAAAA